AUGAGCAGCAGUGGUCUACCUCUGAUAGACGAACUACUUCCGCUAUGCUCCGGGAAUCCUGUUAUGCUAGACACGCUUCUGUCUCUGGCGUCACGGCGCGAUGUUGACCACGUCCAAGCUGCUGCUGGCGCACCAAAUCCUUACGAUACGGCCUUGAACGAGGUACAGCACUAUGUCUCUUCUCUCGAUGACGCCGACCUAGCGGACCCUCUCCGUAUCCAAGCCCCAAUCUCCACCGUCCUCUUGUUGACGAUACUUUCUUUCGCGGGCCCUAGCGAAGACUGGCAUCACCACACCUCGCGUGUCGUCAGCUUGAUUGACUGCAUUGACCUAACUGGCAUGAAGGCGUCACGCUCUGGUAACUUUCUGCUCAUGUGCGCGGCUCAUCUCGAUAUUCCAGCCUUCUCCGUAGGCAAGACGAGAUCUUCUUUACAUGCAUGGACGAAGUGGGAUUUGCAAAACACAAAUGGGCAAGUUUCUACAGACGGCAGUCAUCCAGACUCUUCAUUCUUGCCGUUCGAGGUUCUGACUGGCUAUCCUGUUUCACUGGUGUCUCUGAUCUUCGAGGCAAGCAUGUCUGCCGACCGCAGCAGUGUCGACUCUUCAAAGCCCGCCGACCAGAGAUACAUUGUGUCGUCGGAAGCAGAGUCUGAGCAAGAACGCGAUCUGGCAUGGAAGCUUCAACUAACUCUAGAAGCGUGGCGCAUGCCUCCUGUACCUCCCAACAUGACCCCUAUGGAGCGACAGGCACUGUACACGGGCUGGAAAACGAUGCACAAGGCCACCAUGCUAUUUCACAUGCGCCGCAAGGGAUUUCGCUCAAAUCUAUUAGUACUGUUGCCUACUCAAUUGGCGGAAGGUGCCCGUGGACUGGUAGAAGACAUCGUUAUCGGGGUUCGUUGGCUGCUUUUGUGUUGGGAGUCUGAUCAGGUACCUAUGGCCAACGCAAUGGCAUGGCCUAUAGCUGUCGCUGGGUGCGAAUGCGGCAUACCAGGACUCGAAGCAAUGACCGAUGAUGUAGACUGGUGCUUGGAGAGAAUGAUCAAGUACUUUGAUAUGGGACAUUUGGCCCAUCUGAAGACAUUGCUCACCUCCGUCUGGGCCCAGAAGCAGAGAAUAACAGAAACACAACAAGGGCUUUUCAUGAGCCUAGAGCUAGCAGCGAACUUGAGACAGCUCACUGUACCACUCUUUUGA